GGAUCAUCCCAUGGGUUCGAAACACAAGGAGGUUCUGGAGGCAGCCGCCCUGUUCAAGCUUGCGUACUCUCGUUGAGUGUUGCUGUUGCUGUUGCUGUUGUGCUUUGCAACUGUUGCUGCACUUGCUCCUCCGUCCCUCUCUUGAUUCAUCCAGGGAGGUUCAGUGUACGUGCUGUUGCAGUCGCUGUUCCGCAGGCGCUUGGUUGCUGAGGUCCGUCGACUGUCACCAUGCAACCUCAAAUCAUUCUGCUGAAAGAAGGGACGGAUGUCUCUCAAGGGAAAGCGCAACUUAUUAGUAACAUCAAUGCUUGCAUUGCUGUUGUGGAUGUCGUGCGGAGCACCUUAGGUCCCAGAGGGAUGGACAAGCUUGUACAUGAUGACAAAGGUACUACCAUCUCCAAUGACGGGGCCACGAUAAUGAAGCUCCUUGACAUUGUGCAUCCUGCAGCUAAAGUGCUCGUGGAUAUUGCGAAGUCACAGGAUUCAGAGGUGGGUGAUGGAACUACUACCGUGGUGCUCCUUGCCGGAGAGUUCCUUAGGGAAGCCAAGCCAUUUAUUGAAGAUGGAGUGCACCCACAGCUUAUCAUACGGGCUUUCCGAACUGCAGUAAAUUUGGUUGUAAAGAAAGUUAAAGAGCUCGCAGUAAGUAUCGAAGGAAAGAGCAUGGUUGAGAAAAAGAAUUUGCUUGAAAAAUGCGCGGCAACAACUUUGAGCUCUAAGCUUGUCGGAGGAGAGAAGGAAUUUUUCUCCAAAAUUGUUGUUGACGCGGUUACAAGUCUUGGAGCAGAUAGCCGCCUCAGCAUGAUAGGAAUAAAGAAGGUUCAAGGUGGAACAAUGAGAGAUUCUUUUCUGGUUAACGGAGUAGCUUUCAAGAAGACUUUCUCUUAUGCCGGGUUCGAACAACAACCAAAGAAAUUUGAUAAUCCAAAAAUCCUGCUGUUGAAUCUUGAGUUAGAACUCAAGUCCGAAAAAGAGAACGCUGAAGUCAGGCUCUCCGAUCCCACUCAGUAUCAAACUAUUGUAGAUGCUGAGUGGAACAUCAUUUAUGAGAAGCUUGACAAGUGCGUAAAGAGUGGUGCCAAGAUUGUCCUAUCAAGGUUGGCUAUAGGAGACUUAGGCACUCAGUAUUUUGCCGAUAGAGAUAUCUUUUGUGCCGGGCGUGUGAUGGAAGAGGAUUUACAGCGCGUAGCAACAGCGACUGGCGCGUCAGUGCAGACAACCGUCAAUAAUGUGAUUCCGGAUGUACUUGGCCAAUGUGAACUUUUUGAGGAAAGACAAGUUGGAAAUGAGCGCUUUAACAUCUUCACGGGAUGUCCAGGCGGUGAGACAGCAACCAUUGUCCUGCGUGGAGGCGCUGACCAGUUUAUAGAAGAGGCGGAGCGGAGUCUACAUGAUGCAAUUAUGAUUGUGAGAAGAGCACUCAAGAACUCGAAUGUUGUUGCUGGUGGUGGUGCUAUUGAUAUGGAACUUAGUCGAUAUUUGCGUCAACAUGCCCGGACUAUUGCCGGGAAAUCACAACUCUUUAUCAACUCGUAUGCUAAGGCCCUCGAGGUUAUCCCCAGACAACUUUGUGACAAUGCAGGAUUUGAUGCGACUGAUGUGCUUAACAAGCUGAGGCAGAAGCAUGCGUUAGCUUCAGGGGAAGGUGCCCUUUACGGAGUAGACAUCAACAGUGGUGGAAUUAUUGAUACAUUUUCCAACUUUGUCUGGGAACCCUCUGUUGUGAAGAUCAACGCCCUCACUGCUGCGACAGAGGCAGCCUGCAUUGUUCUUAGUGUAGAUGAGACAAUUAAGAACCCCAAGUCUGAGGCUGCCCAAGGGGAAGCCAUGGGCGGCAGAGGUAUGGGUAGAGGUAUGGGCGGCAUGCGUGGUGGUCGCGGCGGUCGCGGUAUGCGCAGACGGUAGAAAGUGUACUUCUCGUUGAGGACGAUGGCGUAGUUUGUGAUUCGAAACCAAUUUUGAACGCGACGGUUCUUUCUUUCACUUAGCAACACUCUGCAUCUGGAAUUUGUUAACCUCAUCCCUCAUCACGAGUACAGCGAUGUGCAGUUUCAAUCUGAGUGUAGUCUUCGCUUUUCCAUUUGCCUCGUGUUUAAGUACUGUGAGGUUAUUCAAUGUAUUCUCUGUACACAAAGAAGUUCAGUUUUAUGGCCAGUUACAGAGUUUUCAUUCAGUGCAACAUCAUAUCUAAGUGUAGUUUUGCUUGUUAUCAAGUGACGGUUUUCUUGUUCUACUCA